AACAGCUUGACCUUGCCAACCAACAUAACAGAUCACAAUUCUACUUUCUCCGUUGGUCUUACAUCUGCUUGCCAUCCAUCCAGGACUAAUCUUUCCUGUCUGUUCCACACUUUCCUGGCCACUAUAUACUCGACAGGUCUUGUAUAUCAUUGGGAUUUAGUAUUUGCGGUUUUGCUUUUGCGCGCCAUCCAGGGUCUUGGUUCUCCUGGCUCCGGUCUACUUGGAGGGCUUCGUGCACAACUCUGGAUUGCUGUCGACCAGAACUAAAGAAAUGAUGCCGCCAACUAA